ACUAUAACCAUUUCCAAUUAUAUAUAUUUCUAGGAUCUAUUAUUCUAUUCCAAAAACAAUCAAAUUGUUGAUCAAUUUAUACUCAGCUAGCUGAAGCCAUGGAAGCAACUCCUCUUGCAGUGCCCUUUGUUCAAGAACUAGCAAAGGAGAAACUAACUAGAGUUCCAGAACGUUAUGUUCGUCUUCACAAUGAACGACCAGCAUUAUAUAACUCUAGUACUACUCCUUUGCCUCUUCCUAUUAUUGACCUCAGCAAACUGUUGUCCAAAGAUCACAAGGUACCUGAGCUGGAGAGGCUGCAUCAAGCAUGCAAAGAAUGGGGUUUCUUUCAGCUGAUAAAUCACGGAGUCAACACUUCUCUGCUAGAAGACGUGAAGAGAGGUGUUCAAGAAUUUUUUCAUCUUCCAAUGGAAGAGAAGAAGAAGUUUGAGCAAAGACAGGGAGAUGUGGAAGGGUAUGGUCAACUAUUCGUGGUUUCUGAAGAUCAGAAACUUGAGUGGGGAGAUGUGUUCUUCAUGUUUCUAUUUCCUCUAGAAAAAAGGAAAUCAUACUUAUUCCCGAAGUUACCAUCAAAGUUCAGAGAUGAUCUAGAUACCUAUUAUACAGAAGUGAAGAAAUUGGGUAUCCAUAUCCUUGAGCUAAUGGCAAAUGCCCUCAAAAUAGACACCAAAGAAAUCACAGAGCUCUUAGAUACCACUCAAGCAACGAGGCUUAAUUACUAUCCUCCAUGUCCUCAACCUGAGCUUGUGACGGGGCUCAAUCCUCAUUCUGAUGCAGGCGGUCUCACCAUUCUUCUCCAAGCUAAUGAAGUGGAAGGUCUUCAAAUAAAAAAAGAUGGAAUGUGGAUUCCAGUUGAACCUCUUGCCAAUGCUUUUGUCAUUAACAUUGGAGAUAUAUUGGAGGUAAUAACCAAUGGAAUUUAUCCAAGCGUCGAGCAUCGAGCAAUAGUUAACUCUGAGAAGGAAAGGAUUUCCAUUGCUGCAUUUCACAAUCCGAGUAUGGAGUCAAUAAUAGGUCCAGCACCAAGCCUUGUUACACCAACAACACCAGCAAGGUUCAGAAAAAUUAGUUAUGGAGAGUACUUUAAAGGGUACUUGUCACAAGAACUUCGUGGGAAAUCUUUCCUUGACAGCAUAAGGAUAGAAAAUGAAGAAAACUUCUAAGAAAUUAUACUGGAGAAAAAUAGAAAAGUUGAAUAUAGGGCAUUGGAAUUUCUAUAUUAUAAUAUACAUUGCUAUUGACUUCAGCUGGAGUUAAGCAUGUGCUAGAAUAACGAUUGCAUUUUAUUAUGUUCGCACUAAAUAUAUUGAGGCUGUGUUCAGCCAUAUUGUAUACGAAUAUUAUUAUUUGUUGAAUUCCUAGGAUAAAAGAAGAAGAAAACUAUCUAUUGAAUAAGAUUGAACUGGUUACUGGUUA